AUGCUGCUCGAUAAUGCAGCUGACAUGGAGUCAAAGGAUGCCAUGGGUCGGACACCGUUAUCGCUGGCUGCCGCGAAUGGCCGUGAGUCUAUUGUGAAACUUUUAGUCGAGAACGGAGCCGAAAUCGAGUCCAGCGAUUUCAUGCGUCGGACACCAUUAUCGCUGGCUGCAGCGAAUGGCCGUGAGUCUAUUGUGAAACUGUUGGUCGAGAAGGGAGCCAACUUCGAGUCGGAGGAUGACAUGGGUCGGUCAUCUCUAGUCUGGGCCGCCGAGAAUGGUCACGACGCCGUCUUGAAGUUUCUACUCGAUAACGGAGCCGGUGUUGAGUCACGGGGUGGCAAGUAUAAUCGGACACUAUUAUCUGUAGCUGCUGCGAAUGGCCAUAAGCCUGUUGUCAAGCUGCUACUCGAUAAAGGAGCCGAUAUUGAGUCAACAAAUAAUUGGGGUCAGACACCGCUAUGCUUGGCGACCAUGAUGGGUCAUGAGCUUGUCGUCGAGCUGCUGCUCGAUCGAGGAGCAAAUAUCGAGUCGGGGUCUGUUCGAUAUACAUCUCACACACCGCUCUCACUGGCCGCCUCGACGGGCCAUGACGCAAUCGUCGGCUUGUUGAUUAGUAGGGGGGCUUGCACCGACUCACCCGGCCCUGGCGGUUGGACAGCACUGCAAUUGGCCGCCUGGCUUGGGCAUGAGGCUGCUGUCAGGCUUCUUCUAGAUGGUGGAGCCGAUAUUAAUUGGUUUGGGGACUAA